AUAACGUGAAAAAGCGAGAUGCUAAAUGGUCUGCAUUGAUCGAGUUUUGGCCUUUUAGAUGACUGCUAAAUGAAGGUUUUUAGUAAUCCAGUGUCACGGAACUUGUUACGUACGAAUGGAUGAUUCUCCCUUCAAGUACACCAAAAAUAGCAAAUCUAACCCAUAAAUUAGGCUUUUCCAUUAUUGUUGUAAUACUGAUUAUCGUUGCAGGCUCUACUUUUGAGUACAAGAAGCGGUUUAUGGGCGCCUCUUCAUCGCACAAUAUGAGUCCACCAGUAAAAGUACAGCCUAAAGAGAAAGCUACCGCAUCAUUAAUCUUUCUUCAUGGACUUGGAGACACAGGUCAUGGAUGGGCUGAGCAGUUCAGAGAUUUCUCUUUUAAGCAUAUACGCUGUGUAUGCCCCCAUGCCCCACAAAAACCAGUGUCCCUCAAUGGUGGAAUGAUUAUGCCUUCAUGGUUUGAUAUACGAGGCUUAGAUCCUGGGAGUGCUGAGGAUGAACAAGGCAUCAAAGAUUCAUCUAGAGAAUUGCAGCAAUUGAUAGCAAAAGAAAUCAGUGAUGGCAUACCUGCUGAGAGGAUAAUAAUCGGUGGGUUUUCUCAGGGAGGCGCUGUAGCUUUGUAUACAGCUUUUGGCACAGACACCAAAGUAGGAGGAGUUUUAGCACUGAGUACAUGGUUGCCCAUGAAUAAAUACUUCACCAAUCCCACUAAUACAAAAUACAACACCAACAUCCCAGUUUUGCAAUGCCAUGGAACCUCAGAUCCUCUGGUUUCCUUCCGAUGGGGCCAUGCUACUAAUGAAAUCAUCAAGACUUUCAAUCCAACUGCCCAGUUCAAGUCUUACAGUAACUUGGGACACAGCUCUUGUGCUUCAGAAAUGGAAGAUGUCAAGCAAUUUCUGCAAGAUGUUCUAAAAGAUUCUUAGAGACCACACAGCAGCACUGGUUACGAAGGGCCCUUAACAGAUUCUUAUUUUUUAUAAACUUCACUGAAGUACUCUUUGUAGCCAAUGGACCAGUGAGAUGUUUUACACCAGAACUGAUUGGAUGAUAAUAUUGUUAUGAGCUUCAUACAUUUCAGUGUGUAUGAAAAGGCACUAUUGGACCCAUUCUUUUUACUAAAGUCGUGUUGCUGUUUGUUAGUUUUUUUUUUACCAUACUUGGGCAUUUAGGUCUCUUAUAUUGGAUUAGAUGAACACCCUUAGUAGUAUGACCUCAGUUGAUUUUUGGUUAAAAUUAUGACUGUUCUAUUUAACAGUUGUGAUUAUGUUAGGGAAAUACAACUACUUGAAUGAUUCAGAAUGUUUGAUACAUUGUGUCUACUGGUCUAAAUAAGUGUAUCACCAUGAAUAUUUGAACUAGAUCUAAGUAACAGAAUGAUGAUAAAAAAGUUCCCUUUUUUUUUUUGUGUCAUUGUUCCUUUAUUAAAUGCAGAAACCAAUUGAUUAAAAUAAUGUACUUAUACAUAUAUACAUA